UCACCCUCGCUCACUCGCUCGCUCGCUCCCUCUCUCUCCGGCUGCAGCACCAGCAGGCUCUGUGCCUAUAUGGAACACUAGGCUUCUGCUGAGAAGAGAGAGAGAGAGAGAGAAAGAGAGAUAGAAAUGAAACAGCUGGCAUCUCUGUGAGGGAAACAAACAAGCAAGCAAACAAACAAACAAACAGACAGAACAAGCAAAAGCAACAACAGCAGAGGAGCAGGAGAAGCAGAGGAGCGGAGCUUUCAGAGAGAAGUUAAAGCUGAAGUUUGGGAGGAAGAGAGGCAUCCUCCAAAGGAAUAAGGUUCAAUCCAAUUCAUCAGGAAAAGGGAAUUCUCCAAACCUCACUGAGAGUGCGUCAUCAUGGGGAUGCGAGGCCUACUUCUGGCCUGUGUGGCUUUGGUCAUCCUGCUGGACAUUUCUAGAGCCGGCCUCGUCAAGAGAGUGAUCCGGCACCGCAGGGAAUCCCUCCUGCCUCCCAAAACAGAGAAUAUGACCUUACCCAAUCCAGACCAGCCAGUGGUCUUUAACCACGUCUACAACAUCAACGUUCCAUCCGGAUCCCUUUGUUCAGUGGACCUAGACUCACCCGGAGGAUCUGAAAUGAAGCCCAGGUCGGUCCCGUCUGAACAGCACAUGGAGCACACUGUGGACGGCGAGAACCAGAUCGUUUUCACCCACCGGAUCAACAUCCCCAAGCAGGCCUGCGGAUGCAACAACCAGCUGCCAGAUCUGAAGGACCUCCUGAAUAGGCUGGAGAUGCUGGAGGCGGAGGUGUCUAGCCUGAGGGAGCAGUGCGGCAACGGGGCUGGUUGCUGUGGAGCUCAGGUUACAGGCGAAGUCACAACCAAGCCGUACUGCAGUGGUCGAGGCAACUACAGCACAGACACCUGUAGCUGUGUAUGCGAGCCUGGCUGGAAGGGGGUCAACUGCUCUGAGCCUGACUGCCCCAAUUUCUGCCAGGAUCAAGGCCGCUGUGUGGACGGGAAGUGCAUCUGCUUUGAGGGUUUCGGUGGAGAGGACUGUGGAAUUGAACUGUGCCCUGUAGACUGUGGGGAAUAUGGAGAGUGCAUUGACGGUUCUUGCAUCUGCGAGGAAGGUUUCGUGGGGGAGGACUGCUCUAUGACCAACUGUCUCAACAACUGCCUAGGUAGGGGGCGCUGUGUGGACAGCGAAUGUGUCUGCGAUGAGCCCUGGACCGGAUUCGACUGCUCUGAGCUUAUCUGCCCCAACGACUGCUUCGACCGAGGCCGUUGCAUCAAUGGUACCUGCUACUGCGACGAGGGAUUCGCUGGGGAGGACUGUGGUGAGGUUACCUGUCCAGGGAACUGCAACAACAAGGGAAUUUGUUUGAAUGGUCAGUGCGUAUGCAACUUUGGCUACACCGGAGAAGACUGUUCCAAGUUGACUUGUCUCAAUGACUGCAGUCAGCGAGGCCACUGCUUCAACGGCAGAUGCAUCUGUGAUCCUGGCUUCCAAGGCGAAGACUGUAGUGAACUGUCCUGCCCAGAGAACUGCAACGAUAGAGGGAAAUGCGUAAAUGGCGAGUGCAUAUGCGAGGCUGGGUUUCAAGGCGACGAUUGCUCUGAGCUGUCCUGUCUCAACGACUGCCAUAACCGUGGGCGCUGUGUGGACGGGCAGUGCGUUUGCCACCAAGGUUUCACAGGUGAAGACUGCAGCAUCAAGACCUGUCCUAAUGACUGCCAUGGCCGUGGCGAAUGUGUGGAUGGCAAAUGCACCUGCCAUGUUGGAUUCACAGGCAAGGAUUGCAGUGAGCUGACCUGCCCUAACAACUGCCAUAACCGAGGUCGCUGCGUGAACGGUCAGUGCGUCUGUAACGAGGGCUUUACUGGCGAAGACUGCAGUGAAAAGACGUGUCCCAACAACUGCCACAACCGAGGUCACUGUGUGGACGGUCAGUGCGUCUGCAACAAAGGCUUCACUGGGGAAGACUGCGGCAUUAAGACCUGUCCCAAUGACUGCCACGGCCGUGGUGAAUGCGUGGAUGGCAAGUGUGUCUGCCACACUGGCUUCACAGGCAAAGACUGCAGCGAGCUGACCUGCCUUAAUAACUGCCACAACCGAGGUCGCUGUCUGAAUGGUCAGUGUUUGUGCGAUGAGGGCUUUACCGGAGAGGACUGCAGUGAGAAGACGUGUCCCAACAACUGCCUGGACCGUGGCUUCUGCGAUGACGGCAAGUGCGUCUGCUUCGAAGGCUACACUGGAAUUGAUUGCUCGGAACUUACCUGCCCAGACAACUGCAAUAACCAAGGUCGCUGCCUGAAUGGCAUGUGUAUCUGCGAACUGGGCUUCACUGGAGAAGACUGCUCUGAAAUCACCCCACCAAGAGAUCUGACCGUGACCGAAGUCACCCCAGACACAGUGGAUGUAUCCUGGGUUAACGAGGUGCAGGUGACCGAGUACCUAGUCACCUACGUGCCUACUGCCCCUGGUGGUCUGGAGUUGGAUAUGCGAGUAGCUGGAGACAAACGAUCUGCCACUAUCCGGGAGCUUGAACCAGGAGUAGAGUACCUGAUCAGUGUUUAUGCUGUUUUGAAAAACAAGAUGAGCGUGCCAGUCAGCGCCAGAGUGGCAACACAUCUUCCUGAGCCUGAGGGCCUGAAGUUUAAAUCUGUCAGAGAGACAUCAGUAGAGGUUCAGUGGGAUCCUCUGAACAUCCCCUUUGAUGGAUGGAAUCUUAUCUUUAGGAACACGAAAGAGGAGAACGGAGAGAUUCUGAAUUCACUCUCCCCGCCUGAGACCACCUUCGAGCAGUCCGGCCUGGGCCCUGGCCAAGAGUACGAGGUUAAACUGGAGGUGCUGAAGAACAACAGUCGUGGACCACCAGCCAGCAAGAAUGUGGUUACAAUGAUUGACGCUCCCAGCCAGGUGGACGUGCGAGACAUAACGGACAGCACUGCCCUGAUCACCUGGUUCCAGCCUGUAGCUCACGUGGACGGAAUCUCCGUGUCCUACGCCCCGGUCACCGACUCCUCGGGCGUGAACACCGUGGAGCUCUCAGCUCUGGAUACCCAGUACCACCUGGGUCAACUCUACCCAGAUACGGAAUACAGAGUGUCUCUGAGUGCCCACAGAGGGGAGAUGACCAGUGUGCCCGUCCAUGAGAUGUUCACCACAGACCUGGAUGCCCCCAAGAACCUUCACGCCAUUGAUCAGACUGAGGAGACCAUCACCCUGGAAUGGAAGAACAGCCAAGCUAACGUCCCCAGCUACCGCAUCAAAUACGGCCCACUGUCUGGAGGAGAACAUGGAGAACUUACCUUCCCUACAGGACCACAGGACACCACUCAAGCCAAGAUCACUGGGCUCAGGCCUGGAACUGAGUACGGAAUGGGAGUGACAGCAAUCAAAGAUGAGAGGGAAAGCCUGCCCACCACUACCAAUGCUGUAACUGACCUGGAUGCUCCUAAAGACCUGGAAGUGAGCGAGGCUUCAGAAACCACGCUGGUGCUGAUCUGGAAACGACCUCUGGCUAAAUUUGACAUCUACAGGCUGGUGUUCACGUCCGCUGACGGCCACAGGACUGAGCUGGAGGUUCCAGGCAGUGCCAGCACCUACACCCUGAGGAACCUGAGCCCUGGCAUGCUGUACACCAUCACGCUCACUACUGAACGAGGGAGGAAGAAGAGUGCACCAGCCCAUCUCUCAGCCACCACAGACGAGCAAAAGCCGCUGAUCGGCAACGUGACGGUCUCCGAGGUGUCCUGGAACAGCUUCAAUAUCUCCUGGGAGCUGGAGAGAGGGGAGUUUGAGGGCUUUGUGGUGGAGGUGGCCGAUCCGGACGGCCUCUCGGAGGGCCAGAACCACACUCUGUCAGGGCAGGAGUUCAGCUUAGCCGUCAUUGACCUCUCUCCCAGCACCUUCUACAGGGUGGCUCUGUACGGGCUGUACAGGGGAGAUCUCUUAGAGCCGCUCUUUGCCGAGGCCAUCACAGAGGCUGAACCGGUGGUGGACCAUCUCCUCGUCUCCAACGUCAAGACGGACGGUUUCACGCUGGAAUGGACCGCCCCCGAAGACACCUUCGAAACGUUCGGUAUCAAAGUCUCUGAUACCAACGGACUGGAAGACGCCAAGCAGAUGAGGGUCUCGGGAGACAAGAGAACGGAAGUGCUGUCUGGGCUCGCUGAGGACACCGAGUACGAAAUCGAGGUCUUUGGGAUUAUUGCGGGAAGGCACUUCCAGCCCGUUUUGGCCUUUGCUCGAACAGGCCUGGGAACGCCAAGGGGCAUCCGCUUCUCUGAGGUCACCGACACUUCCGCCACCGUUCACUGGACCAUGCCCAGAGCCCGAGUCGACAGCUAUCGGGUCACUUACGUGCCGGUUCAAGGAGGAAGUCCCAUGACCAUCACAGUUGAUGGAGGAGAGUCCCACACGGUGCUGCCUAACCUGACCCCUGGAGUGACCUACCAGGUGACCGUAACUGCAGUAAAGGGACUGGAGGAGAGCGAGCCAGGCUCUGACAGAGUUACAACAGCUCUGGAUAAGCCUCGGGGUCUGACAGUGAUCAACAUCACCGAUACAGAAGCUCUGCUGCUCUGGCAACCCACCAUUGCUACAGUGGACGGAUACGUGAUCACCUACAGCGCAGAUACGGUGCCUCCAGUGAUGGAGAGAGUGUCUGGAAACAUCGUGGAAUUUGAGAUGAACUCUCUGAUCCCUGCUACUGAGUACACUGUUAAAGUCUACGCAGUGAAAGAAGCAGCUAAGAGUGCUGCUACUACCACACAGUUUACUACAGAUGUGGAUGCUCCUCAGGACCUGGCAGCCAGCAACAUCCAGACAGAGAGCGCCAUGCUCACGUGGAAAGCACCGCGGGCGGAAAUCACCGGAUAUAUCCUCACCUACGAGUCCGCAGAUGGUGCAGUCCGGGAGGUGGUCCUGAGCCCCACAUCCACAUCCUACAACAUGGGUCAGCUGAGCGCCUCCACCGAGUACAAUGUCCGCCUGCAGGCCAUCUCUGGCCCAAUGAGGAGCCGGAUCAUCUCCACCAUCUUCACCACCAUCGGAGUGUUGUACAGACACCCCAAGGACUGUUCCCAGGCUCUGCUGAAUGGAGACACCACCUCCGGCAUGUACACCAUUUACCUGCGAGGUGAUGAGAGUCAGCCCCUGCAGGUUUACUGCGACAUGACCACCGACGGAGGCGGCUGGAUGGUGUUUGUCAGGAGGCAGAGUGGUAAAGUGGAUUUCUUCAGGAACUGGAGGAACUACACCGCUGGAUUUGGGGAUAUGAAUGACGAGUUCUGGCUGGGUCUGUCUAACCUGCAUAAGAUCACGUCUCUGGGUCAGUACGAGCUGCGGGUGGAUCUGAGAGAUAAGGGCGAGACAGCGUACGCUCAGUACGAUAAGUUCUCCGUCUCAGAGCCUCGCACCAGGUAUAAGGUGCACGUGGGCGGCUACAGCGGCACCGCAGGCGAUUCGAUGACCUAUCACAACGGCCGUCCCUUCUCCACCUAUGACCACGAUAACGACAUCGCUGUCACCAACUGUGCUCUCUCGUAUAAGGGAGCUUUCUGGUAUAAGAACUGCCAUCGGGUCAACAUCAUGGGACGAUAUGGAGACAACAGCCACAGCAAAGGCGUGAACUGGUUCCACUGGAAGGGUCACGAGCACUCCAUUGAGUUCGCUGAGAUGAAGAUCAGACCGGCCAACUUCAGAAACUUUGAGGGCAGGAGAAAGCGCUCGUAAAUCUGCUCCACUCAUCUCCCCUCCCCCCACCGACCCAUCAAUCUGCCCUUACUGCAUCAGCUCCGCCCCCUCAGCUACCAAAGCCCCCCCCCCGACAGAAACCUCACUUCCCAUUCCCACUUCUUCUGCUCAGAGUAAACCAGUUUAAAAUCUUACCCAUAACCCAUUACCACUACCGUUCUGAGCUACUGUGUGUGUGUGGCACCUACAGUAACUACCAUCAGUGCCGGCCCAACGGUCAACCAACGGUCAACCAACGGUCAACCAAGCCAACUUGAUUAACACACACACACACACACACCUACACACACAUGUCUCAACACACGUAUCAUGCAGAACAUCAUAACCAUAACCAUCACACACACCCACACACACCAAAGACCAAAGCCACCCCGAGACCCAUCUAACAACCCACAACUCAUCUGAUUGGAUACUGGUGUGAGGGGUCACUCCUAUAUCUGGCAUCUGAUAUCUCUAUUGGUUCUCUAUUGGUCCAUCAUGGUAUACUCUUAAACAUCAAUGUGCUGAAGACAUUCCUUUAAUUAAUAUCAUAGAACCUAGAAGUGCACAAUAAGUGCACAAUAUAAAAUGAUAAAAUUUUAAUUUUAUGUUUUAUGUUAUUGACGUUAUUGCCAGUAAUAAUAAAUGAUGUUGGAGUUCUAAUUUGUUGGAUUUUCUACACAGAAAGAUGUAAAAACCUCAACAGAACAGAAAUAGUAGCAGAAAUAGUGGUUAAUUAAUCGACUAAUCGAAACUUAUUUACCAAUUUUUGUCGACUACCAACAUUUUUUUUUUGUUGCGUUAGUCCCUACUGGUAAUCUAGGACAUUAAAUGUGGGACAUAUUUUGGUUAUAGUUGGUUGAUUUGCUAUAAAACAUCAGUAAACUGUCAGCAAAACAGUUCAAAGUCUGCAAAAUUAGAUUCUAUGAGUAUUUUAAAGUGCUUACGAUUUUUUAGAACGCGUAACUACAGGGGUAAAAACAGUUGGACAAUGAAACUGAAACUCCUGUCAUUUUAGUGUGGGAGGUUUCAUGGCUAAAUUGAAGCAGCCUGGUGGCCAAUCUUCAUUAAUUGCACAUUGCACCAGUAAGAGCAGAGUGUGAAGG